UGACUUUUUAUUUUUUUAUGUACUUGCUGAGUGACGCCACUGAUUUCAGAGUUUUUUUUUUGGAUUUCGGUCGCUACCUUUACAUCUAUGGCAACCUCGAAGUUCCAUGUCAUCCUCUAUGUUUCGCUUCUUUUUGCCCUAAUUUUUACUCUAACUGAAGCCGAUAGUACCAUUACAGAAGCUGUAGUUGGGUCGGACAAUUGCGAGGCGUUUCGAAUCGAAGUCGAUAAACUCAUCUCCAAGAUCCAAGCACUUGAAUCGUUUAUUGACAAGAGGAAUCAAGAACUAAAAAGCAAGGAUGAGAUCAUUGCACAAAAAGAGAAAGAUUGCAUAACUUCAUUGCAAAGUGAGUCUUUUGUUGAGAUUCGCUGGAAAGAGCAUGGAAAAUCUGCUUUUAAGUCAUUUAUGCAAAAGGUGUUAGAGAAAAAGGAACAAGCUAGAAAAUGGGCUGGACCUCAUGUGGAGACAAUCAAAACUAAAUGGGUUUCAUUGGUUAUUGAACAGUAUCUGCAACCACUAGCAAAAAAUAUCAAUUAUGUUUAUAUUGAAUCCAAGGAUGUUGCAAUUCAACAAUGGGUGCGCAUUACAAGGAAAAUCAACGCUUUUCUUCAAGCAUAAAUCGGAGGUGUGCAGCUAGUAAGUAGUAACUAACACUUGGUUUCUUUUAUGUGAGAGAGGCUUAGGCUUUAGCAUUUUUUGUUGACUGUGGUAGCUGUACAUAUACGAUACUUUUGUUGUCAAGAUUGUAAUGAAUAUGGACUACUUAGAUAUAACAGCUAUAUCUAUGUUUGUAUUUUUGGGUUUACAUCGUGAUACGAAUCCAGAAUCCACCGAUUAGCAUAAUUAACAUAGAGUUAUACAUGUAUAUUCUAGAACGUUGUAAGAAGG